ACCGACAGGAAGAGAAGAUGUCUCGGGGAGUGAUCCAGCCCAGCCAGCAGAAGCUGGCGGAAAAACUCACCAUCCUCAACGACAGGGGCAUCGGGAUGUUGACCCGUGUUUACAAUAUCAAAAAGCAAGGACAAGUUUGGAAGGCAUGUGGCGAUCCCAAGGCUAAGCCCUCCUACCUCGUCGAUAAGAACUUGGAGUCUGCGGUUAAAUUUAUCGUCAGGAAGUUCCCCGCUGUGGAGACGCGGAAUAAUAACCAACAGCUCGCUCAGCUGCAGAAGGAGAAGUCAGAGAUUCUAAAAAACUUGGCUCUCUACUACUUCACCUUCGUAGAUGUCAUGGAAUUCAAGGACCACGUGUGUGAGCUGCUGAACACCAUCGACGCCUGCCAGGUCUUCUUUGAUAUCACGGUGAACUUUGACCUGACCAAGAACUACCUGGACCUGGUUGUGACUUACACAACUCUGAUGACAAUACUGUCCCGCAUAGAGGAGAGGAAGGCUAUCAUCGGACUGUACAACUACGCCCACGAGAUGACGCAUGGAGCUAGUGACCGCGAGUAUCCCAGGUUGGGCCAGAUGAUCGUGGAUUAUGAAAACCCUUUGAAGAAGAUGAUGGAGGAGUUUGUCCCACAUGGAAAAUCCCUGUCAGACGCAUUGAUCAGUCUUCAGAUGGUUUACCCCAGGAGGAACUUGUCCGCUGACCAAUGGAGGAACGCCCAGCUGCUCUCGCUCAUCUCUGCCCCCUCCACCAUGCUCAAUCCUGCUCAGUCCGACACUAUGCCGUGUGAAUAUCUGUCACUGGACGCGAUGGAGAAGUGGAUCGUUUUCGGCUUCAUCCUGUGUCACGCGGUGCUGAACAGCGACGCGGCAGCGUUGUCUCUGUGGAAGUUGGCGCUGCAGAGCUCCACCUGCCUCUGUCUGUUCAGGGACGAAGUCUUCCACAUCCACAAGGCGGCGGAGGAUCUGUUCGUGAACAUCAGAGGGUACAACAAACGCAUCAACGACAUCAGAGAGUGCAAAGAACAGGCCCUGUCUCAUGCAGGCUCCAUGCACAGAGAGAGACGCAAGUUCCUCCGAUCGGCUCUGAAGGAGCUGGCUACUGUUUUAGCCGAUCAGCCCGGACUGCUAGGUCCUAAGGCCUUAUUUGUGUUCAUGGCGUUGUCGUUCGCCCGUGACGAGAUAAUAUGGCUGCUUCGACAUGCAGACAACAUCCAGAAGAAGAGCACAGAUGACUUCAUCGACAAACACAUAGCAGAGUUGAUCUUCUACAUGGAGGAGCUCAGAGCUCACGUCAGGAAAUACGGUCCUGUGAUGCAGCGGUAUUACGUCCAGUACCUGUCUGGAUUUGAUGCCGUGGUGCUGAAUGAGCUGGUGCAGAACCUGUCUGUGUGUCCAGAGGACGAGUCUAUAAUCAUGUCUUCAUUUGUCAACACAAUGACCUCUCUCAGCGUCAAACAAGUGGAGGACGGAGAGGUGUUUGACUUCAGAGGCAUGAGACUAGACUGGUUCAGACUGCAGGCCUACACGAGCGUCUCCAAAGCCAGUCUCGGUAUCGCCGAUCACAAGGAGCUCGGUAAAAUGAUGAACACCAUCAUCUUCCACACAAAGAUGGUGGAUUCUCUGGUGGAGAUGCUGGUUGAGACGUCAGACCUGUCCAUCUUCUGCUUCUACAGCCGUGCGUUUGAAAAGAUGUUUCAGCAGUGCUUGGAGCUUCCCUCCCAGAGCCGACACUCCAUCUGCUUCCCUCUGCUCUGCACACACUUCAUGUCCUGUACACACGAGCUCUGUCCUGAGGAGCGCCACCACAUAGGCGAUCGGAGUUUGUCGUUGUGUAACAUGUUUCUGGAUGAAAUGGCCAAACAGGCCAGAAACCUGAUCACGGACAUCUGCACUGAGCAGUGUACGCUCAGCGACCAGCUGCUUCCCAAGCACUGUGCGAAAACCAUCAGCCAGGCGGUGAAUAAGAAGAGCAAGAAGGCGACGGGGAAGAAGGGCGAGCCGGAGCGGGAGAAGCCGGGGGUGGAGAGCAUGAGGAAGAACAGACUACUGGUCACCAAUCUGGACAAACUCCACACGGCGUUAUCCGAACUCUGCUUCUCCAUCAACUACGUUCCCAACUUGGUGGUGUGGGAACACACUUUCACACCGAGAGAGUACCUCACCUCGCACCUGGAGAUCCGGUUUACCAAGUCCAUAGUGGGGAUGACCAUGUACAACCAGGCAACUCAGGAGAUCGCCAAGCCCAGCGAACUGCUGACCAGCGUGCGGGCCUACAUGACGGUGCUGCAGUCCAUCGAGAACUACGUCACCAUCGACAUCACGCGCGUCUUCAACAACGUCCUCCUGCAGCAGACGCAGCACCUGGACAGCCACGGGGAGCCCACCAUCACCAGUCUGUACACAAACUGGUACUUGGAGACGUUGCUCCGUCAGGUCAGUAACGGACACAUCGCCUACUUCCCUGCCAUGAAAGCCUUCGUCAACCUGCCCACGGAGAACGAACUGACGUUCAACGCCGAGGAAUACUCCGACAUCUCUGAGAUGCGUUCUCUGUCCGAGCUGUUGGGGCCGUACGGAAUGAAGUUCCUCAGUGAGAGUCUGAUGUGGCACAUCUCGUCACAGGUCUCAGAGUUGAAGAAACUGGUGGUAGAGAACAUGGAGGUUCUGACCCAGAUGAGGACGAGCUUCGACAAACCCGAACACAUGGCCGCACUCUUCAAGAAACUCACCUCUGUGGACAGUGUUCUGAAGAGAAUGACCAUCAUUGGAGUCAUUUUGUCCUUCCGCUCCCUCGCGCAGGAGGCUCUGAGAGAUGUGUUAUCCUGUCACAUUCCUUUCCUGGUCAGUUCGGUGGAAGACUUCAAGGACCACAUUCCCCGAGAGACGGACAUGAAGGUGGCCAUGAAUGUCUACGAGCUGUCGUCAGCAGCAGGUUUACCCUGCGAGAUCGACCCGGCUCUGGUCGUGGCUCUGUCGUCGCAAAAAAGUGACAACAUCAGUCCAGAGGAAGAGUAUAAGAUCGCCUGCCUGCUCAUGGUGUUUGUGGCCGUUUCACUGCCGACGCUGGCCAGCAACGUGAUGUCCCAGUACAGCCCCGCCAUCGAAGGCCACUGCAACAACAUCCACUGUCUGGCCAAAGCCAUCAACCAGAUCGCCGCCGCUCUCUUCACCAUCCACAAGGGAAGCAUCGAGGACCGCCUCAAAGAGUUCCUGGCCCUGGCCUCAUCCAGCCUGUUGAAGAUCGGCCAGGAGACGGACAAGAUGACGACACGUAACAGAGAAUCAGUCUACCUGCUGCUGGACAUGAUUGUGCAGGAGUCUCCCUUCCUGACCAUGGACCUGCUGGAGUCCUGCUUCCCCUACGUCCUGCUGCGAAACGCCUACCACGCCGUCUACAAACAGAGCAUCAGCGCCAACGCAUAGAAAACGCAGUACAAACACACAGCAGAGGGUUUUUACACCGGUGCCGUCUGCCGUUACGGGCAUCAGCGCUCAUCCCGCGACAAUAAACACACUAAAGACAAAACUAAACACGCUAAACUAUGCCUGAAAUGCCUCAACAUUACGAUUCCUGACGACGACCGACAAAACACCGCCAGUGUCGACGUGUACACGCAAAAAAACGCCCACAAGCGUAUAACACACGUAAAGCGUGUAGCAUUUAAAAAAACAAGACCACUCCAGAUACAGAACAAAAACUGUACAUUUAAAAACUGAAAAACGCCAAAAGAACAUAUGAAAACUUAAUUCAUUGCACAAUGAUUAUCAAAAACAAAAUAUGAGCAGAAACAUAAACUCAGAAGCAAACACACGAGCUGGAUGAAGUUGGGGAUCAGUGUUUUUACUUUAAUCAUUGUACCUUUUUCAUGAUGUUGCCAGGGGACCAUAACCAUAGCAACGCAUCAUAUACCAUAUGUUUGGUUGGUAUAAAAAGAACAAAAAUAUAAAUAUAUAGUAUAUAUAUAGUUGACACUAAAAUAUUCUUUCUUUUUUUGUUUUUUCUUUUGUUUUUUUUCUUGAUGAAAGAUUUUCAGUGUUCAGCUGACGACUUCUAUGUGGUGAUGGAUUGGGUUGCGUACUUUGGGGAAUGCACACGGUUCUGAUGUGAUGUUUUAUCUUUUUGAUUUUAUGGACGAGGCCGGGUUGUUGAUGAUGAUGGACUGUGUUGAUACUGAAAGACAUGUCGCUUGUUAAUGUAAGUUUACACUUCUACACACACACACACACGGACAAAGAGACAAAAACUACAAACACUAAAUUCCAUGGCAAACACACACACACACACACACACACACACACACACACACACACACACACACACACACACUUGUAGAACAUGGUGACGUUUUCUUUCUUUUCUUUUUUCUAGCUAGUCGUAACCAACUUCUUGUGGGUAAAGAUAUAAUAUCUGUAUUCUACUUUGAUGUGAACUGAAACUCGUCUGUUUUUAAUGUUCAUGUUUUUUUAUUUUUAUGAUGACGACGAUUUGCCAAAAUGUGCUGACACUAAAACAAAAAAGAAAAGAAAAGAAACUUAUGUUAUCAGGGGCUUUGGAAGUGGUGGAGUUUGUUUGGGUGUUCAUGGGUGAUGAGAAGAGGCCAUUUUAAAAUGUUUGGAUGAUUCCGGGGGAAACAAUCGACUCCCAGGCAGCUCCGUUAGUAGAUGGGGAGUUACACGGGAACUUUUAACGGUGGGAACACAUUUUAAAACAUACUACAAUAACACUAAAGUAAUAAUACUACAGUGUGGGCCUGGAGCAGGCGUCCCAUCCUGCUGUCACAGAACAGUUAUUUAACUCUCCUGGUUGAGUUGCGGUCCAGUAGGUGCUGCUCUUCCCCCCCCCCCCCCCCCAGUAACAAGCCAGUACAAUACAUAACUUGUAUGAAUCUAUUGCACACUCAUUUCUGUCUAAAAAAAAAAAAGGAUGAAAUGUUUGAUUUCUUAGCAGCUGUGGAGUUGCUCACCAUCUGCUCUCUGCUGCCGGAUAAACAUGUUAGUACUUUGACAGGAACAAUAAAAGUAAAAUGGAAAUUCAAAGUUUUACGUAAUCCUGCAGCUGCAAUAAGACGCUGGGUUUGCGAGCGGCGGUCGAUGGGGCGUCCUCCUCCUCCGGUCAACUUUCCAUACGAGCGGUUACUUUUUUUGCGACGGUUACUCGGGACCUUUUAGGACAGACGGACGACUUUUUACAAAGUGCAGUCUCAUUUAUUUUGUAUUAUUUCUCCGAGUGGAGGCGAUGGCGGAGGAGGGCUGCGUACUGAGACACACUCUGCUCCCUGUGUGCCGGCCCCUCUGCUCACCAGGGGCUCUGUCUGGACGCUCACACUGCACACUAAUACACACACACAUUCACAUUCACCUGGAGUUUAUUAACACUACAACUUCACAGUUGAUUCCACGUGUGUGUGUGUGUGUGUGUGUUUCUCCUGUGCAGCUCGUCAGUAGUUUGCACUGUGAGCCUGCGAGGACAGAACCCUCGGGACACAUUCUGCCAUGUGAUGUGGAAUGACGGUUGCUCUUUUUCUUUCUAACCAAUUCUUUUUUUAAUUUUCUUUCUGUGUCUCUCUAAUUCCACCGUGUAACUUAAAUGACUUAAAUGAAUAAAAUAAACUUUAGGGCUG